AUGAACAAAGUAUUAUUUUAUAUUUUGCAAGACACACUCAGUGUCGAACCCUCUCUUCUUGGAAGGCCCUUAGAACCCGUAUUAAGGGAGGCGAUUGCCCUCAAGUACACUAACAAGGUUUUGAGAGAUUUGGGUUUGUUUGUUUGUCUCUACGAAAUUACGGAGGUCACCGGCGCCCCCAUUCUCCCUUCUACCGGAAAGGCUCGCUACAAUGUUUGUUUUAAAGCAGUUAUCUUCAGGCCUUUCAUAGGGGAGGUCUUGCAGGGGGUUGUUCGCGAGUCUUCUUCCUCUGGCAUUGCAGGUAAACCCUAA